AUGGCUCAAUCCAACAUCCUCGUUCGCCUCUCGGGGCGGAAACGUGAACACCAUAUGGCUACCUCGAACGGCGACACAAAAGGGGCAGCACCAGAUAUCUCAUGGCGCCGCAGAUCUCUGACUUCUCUCCGCCGCCGGCUCAGCCCAGGCCUCCGGCCUGUAUUCCCGUCGUCCAAAGCACCCAGGCGCGACCUAGACGCCGCGUCUGACCCGCCCCAGGCCGUUUGCGAAGUGUUCAACAACGGCGAAGUGCUCAACAACAAUGACACCACCGAGCUCCCAACCCCUUACAACAAACCAGUCGAGCUCAUCCGUCAGGAAGAGUAUCCCCACAUGAACCAAGGAACCUACCUCGACCACAGCGGCGCCACCAUCCCGGCCCUCUCCACGCUGCACCGCACCACGUCCCUGCUGGCCACGAACCUGUACGGCAACCCGCACUCGGCCAACACCCCCGCAGCGCGCUCCGGCGCCGCCGUCGACGCCGUCCGCGCCGCCGCCCUCGCCUUCCUCGGCGCCGACCCGAGGUAUUUCGACCUCGUGUUUGUGGCCAACGCUACCGCGGGGAUCAAGCUGGUGGGGGAUGCUUUUCGGGAUUUGGGCGGGUUGGGGGCUGCUGCUGCCAAGGGUGGUGGUUGGGGGGGUGGGUUUUGGUAUGGCUACCAUGCGGAGGCGCAUACCAGUCUUGUGGGGGUGCGUGAGCUGACCGGGGGAGGGGGGCAUUACUGUUUUGGUGGGGGGGAUGCGGAGGUGGAGCGGUGGUUGGACGCCGAGUCUGGGUCUGGUGCUGGUGCUGAGAUGGGGAGGGCGUCGAGCCUGGGCUUGGUUGCGUGGCCGGGGCAGUCUAACCUGACGGGGCGGCGGCUGCCGGCGGCGCCGGGUUGGGCGCGGAGGGUGCGUGGGCUGGCGCGCCGCGGGCGGGGGGAUACGUACAGCUUGUUGGACGCAGCUGCGCUGGCGAUGACGAGCGGGCUGGGGGAGGUGUUUGCGGAUCCCGAGGCGGCGCCGGAUUUUGUGUGCGUGUCUUUCUACAAGAUCUUUGGGUUCCCUGACCUGGGCGGGUUGGUGGUUCGCAAAGAGUCGGGGCAUAUCCUGGCGCUGAGGAAGUACUUCGGCGGCGGGACCGUGUCGAUUGUGAGCACUGUUGGCGGGGCGUGGCACCUCUCGAAAGGAUUGGAAGCCGGGGCUGUGGCAACCCCUGGAGAGGAACAUGGUGGCGCGCUGCAUGAGGGGCUUGAAGACGGGACGUUGCCAUUUCACGGUAUCCUGGCACUCGGGGAAGCGAUCAAUGUCCACGCCGAGCUAUACGGGUCGAUGGAAAACAUCUCAAUCCAUACGACUACGUUGAUGAGGAGGAUGAUUUAUGAAGGGGGAGAUGGGGGAGCGGCGUUCGGUGAUGCUAGGCUGCAGGGCGCUACGGUGGCGUUCAAUGUGUUUCGCGCGGAUGGGGGAUACGAGUCUUAUGCCACGGUGGAGAGGCUGGCUAACGAUAAGGGGGUCUAUGUGCGAUCUGGUGGUCCCGAUGGCAUUGGCCUCAUUAACGAGUUGCCGACUGGGGUGGUCCGAGCCAGCCUCGGAGCGAUGAGUACUAUUCACGACGUCGACCGGUUCCUGUCUUUUCUUCACGAAACCUUCGUUGCAAGGGCGGAUAGUGCCUAUGCAAGCAGCGAAGGGAACGGCUCUGUCAUGUCAGACCAACUUAAGCGCCGGAGCACAGUUUCUGCUGAGCGGCAUGAGCAUGACCCCAAUGGGGCUGCUUGCUAA